AGCUGAACAUGUUUAACUAGUUAGCUAGCUGGCUCGGUAGUUAGAGGAGUGAGUUUAUUUUCUAUUAUUUUAAUAAUUCGGUAUCAGGUGAAUAAUAAUAUUGACUUUAUAGCGGUGUAAGAUAAGGUUUACAAUGCCUCUUCGGGCCGGUACAGGGCCUGUUGAGGUGAAACGGGUAGUGGUGCUGCUGGUGUUGUUGACGGGGAGAGUGUGUGCUAUUCAGGAGGAAAACAAAGUGAUAGAAGUGCAGCAGCCGGCUGAGAAAGUAAGCACUGGUCAACCUGCAAUUCCUGCUGUCAGUGCAAAGGAGCCUGUUAAAGAUAACCUUGGUUUUAUCCAUGCCUUUGUGGCCGCAUUUUCAGUCAUCAUCGUCUCCGAGCUGGGAGACAAAACCUUCUUCAUCGCGGCGAUUAUGGCCAUGCGUUAUAACCGUCUAACGGUCUUGGCUGGAGCCAUGCUGGCUCUGGGUCUCAUGACUUGUCUAUCAGUCCUUUUUGGUUAUGCCACCACUAUUAUCCCACGUAUCUACACUUACUACAUCUCCACGGCGCUGUUUGCCAUCUUUGGUGUGAGGAUGCUACGAGAGGGAAUGAAGAUGAGUCCUAAUGAAGGUCAGGAGGAACUUGAAGAAGUGCAGGCUGAGAUUAAGAAGAAAGAUGAGGAGCUCCAGCGCUAUAAACUAAUUAAUGGGUCACCAGACAUGGAGACGGGGACAGCAGCAAACAUGUUGCCUCAGAGGAAGUGGCAUAGCUUUAUUUCUCCCAUCUUCAUCCAGGCUUUAACUCUCACCUUCCUCGCUGAGUGGGGUGACCGUUCUCAGCUCGCUACCAUCGUUCUGGCUGCACGGGAGGAUCCAUUUGGAGUGGCCGUGGGUGGAACAUUAGGACAUUGCCUUUGCACAGGUCUUGCUGUAGUUGGUGGAAGGAUGGUAGCUCAGAAGAUAUCAGUCAGAACUGUUACGAUCAUCGGUGGGAUCGUGUUUCUCGCCUUUGCUUUCUCUGCCCUUUUUAUUAAGCCGGAUACUGGAUUCUGAAGGGAGGAGAGACUUUCUCGGGCUGUUCUGUAAAUACCUGCUCCACUUCUGCCCUGUUUACAAAGGAUGACUGUACAGCUGUGAAUGGUGCAGUGUGUUUGUGUGCUAAAAACUACAGUGGGUUUUGUUUUGGUUGACUUUGCUUUCAGUCUCUGUGAGGGGUUACAGUUAGGUCUUUCUUUUUUCUGCCCUUCUGUCCCUAAUUAUUCCCUCUUUUAUUUUAUCUUUUUAUUUUACCUAGUCAGUGUGCUUGAACUGGUCAGUCUGGUACUAAGAAUUUAAACAUAUGGUGAUUACCAAAUGCAGGCAUUUAGUGUUUUGGGUUUGGAACUAAGACUACUCUCACGGCUGGGUCACACACUUGCCUCAAACUGUGAUAAUGUUUAAAUAGAUUUGUACCAGACUUAUUAGAGUAACAGCCAUUUUAAUGCUGGAGUGUCUUUCUUCCACAAAAGUUAUUGCUGAAACUAUAAGGUCAAGAGUUUGAAUACCUGGUACAUGACCAUUUCAUUCAAACCUAUGGGCAUGAAGUUGCGAGAUACCAGAACAGCCACCAUGCCUUUGUAAUGUUUUGCCAGUAGAUUUUAAAACAGAUGCAUGGUCUUAGUAUUGGACUGUCUCACCCCGAAUGUGCUGGAUUUGCUCAGUGUUGGACUGUCAGGUUCUUAUACUAAACUUGACGAACCAUUUUUAAUGCCCCUCACUUUGGACAUUGAGAACUCAAGCUGAAACAGGAAAGGUACUUCCCUAAAUGGUUGUUGCAAACUUAAAAGCACAUUAUUUUUCAGAAUGUUGAUGUAUACGAUGGCUUUUUUUACUGGAGUUAGAGGCCUCACGAGAAACAUCUCCUGACCAGAUCCAAGAGUUGGAACUGUACAGACAUGUAACACUUUCAUGUACCAGUCCAGAGAAGGCAAUUUUACAGCUUUAGGGUUGAGAGGCAAGCCCACUUCAGACAUUGCACACAAUGAUAUUAGCUGUUGUUUUUCCUAGAUGUUUUCACUUCAAGAACGCUUACAGUUGACCUAGGCUGCUCUAGCAAGGUAGAAAAUGUAAGCGUCAGUCACAGGUCAGUCACAGGCCUUCAUAUUCUGCUACAAGUUCAAAAGCAUAAUAUUUAUUAUGACAGUUUAUUUUGAGGCAACUAUGUGAUUACAGACCUGCAGUGUUUCCGUUCCUUUGUACCUACAGCCCUGUAGCUUCAGUCAAGAUAUGCUUUGUGCAGUCUGCUGUAGUUUUAUACCAAACAACUACAUUUACAUUGGGGGAAAAUUGUGUGAAGGACAUUUUUGGCUGAAUCAUUUCUAUAAUUAUUCUGUAAUAAACUGAAGUUUGGAUUCGCUUGCAUACUCCUUUUGUUCUUCAGCCACUUCGUCCAUUAGCAUCAUGCUGUAAUUAUAGACUUGAAGUCUUGAAGUUUCUAAACUGGCCUGCCACAGUUUUUAGAUUACAUUUCAGAUAAAUUUUCUGUUGAGUUAUUAAAGUAUGUUUAAGGUCUUUUACUGGUCUUUUUAGAGUUUCCAAGCUGAAGAUUUCAUUGUCAAUAUUUGACAGGUUUCGUUUGAAAGAUGGGUAAAUUAUGGGCAGCACAGAGGAUUUUUAAAUGGAAAAACGGAUUACUGCAACUAGUCAAAUAAAUAAUAAAACUUGGCUCAAA